AAGCAGGAAGCUGAAAUCUAAACACGUAUAUCUGUCACAGGACUGUUGUUGAGAGAGUAAACAGGAGCGAAGUGUCAGAAUGGCAGGCAGGCUCUCCCUCCAGGAAGUGGACCUCUCCUGUUCAAUUUGCUGUGAGAUUUUCAGGGACCCUGUGGUCCUCAAGUGCAGCCACAGUUUCUGUGCCCCCUGUCUGCAGCAGUACUGGACUCAGGGCACACGGAGCCGGGACUGCCCUCUGUGCAGGAGCCAGAGUGUGGAUGACCCUGUGCCCAGUCUCACCCUGAAGAACCUGUGUGACUCCUACAUCCAGGAGGGUGAGGGUCUGGAGGACCCAGCCGGAGAGCUGUACUCUGAUCCAGGGGAGAUGUGCCCCCUUCACGGGGAAAGGCUGAAACUUUUCUGUCUGCAGGACAAGGAGCCUAUCUGCGUGGUUUGCCACACCUCAAGGAAGCACAAACAGCACGAUUUUUGCCCUGUCAGUGAGGCUGUCGUAGAUGUGAAGGAGAAAAUGAAAACUGCCCUCAGCUCAAUGCAUGAGAAAAAGGAUGCUUUUAAUAACACGAAGAAACAAUAUGAGAAUAGUGUGGAAUACAUUCAGCUUCAGGCCCGAUUUGUGGAGAGGCGGACCCGAGAGGAGUUUGAAAAGCUUCACAGCUUCCUCUUAGCCGAGGAGGAAGCCAGGAUGGACGCUCUGCGGGGGGAGGAAGAGCAUAAGAGUCGGGAGAUGAUGCAAAGAAUUGAAGAUAUAACCAGAAGCAUAGAAUAUGUGUCUGAAUCCAUCCGAGUUUUAGAGGAGGAGAUAGCUUCAGAGGGCAUUUCUAUCCUUCAUAAAUGCAAGAGCACAUUGUCAAGAGCUGACAGCCCAAUUGAAGACCCAGUCAUGGCUCCCGGAGCACUCGUCGAUGUGGCCCAAUAUCUCGGGUCUUUAAAUUUCCAUGUGUGGGAGAAGAUGGGGGAAAUCGUCAAAUACACCCCGGUGACUCUGGACCCCAACACCGCUGCCCCGUGGCUCAUCCUGUCAGACGACCUGAGCAGUGUCUGUGACAGUGAAGAGAAACAGAAGAUGCCCGACAACCCGGAGAGGUUUGACCCUGACACCGGGGUGCUGGGCCGCGAGAGCUUCACCUCUGGCAAGCACGCCUGGGACGUGAAUGUGGGGGAUAGCACGGCGUGGGUGGUCGGCUUGGCUAAAGAGUCUGUCCAGAGGAAAGAGAAAGUGUCUUCAGUGCUGAAGAAUGGCUACCUGUGCGUUUACUUUUACCACAAGAUGUACUUUGCAGGCACUUCUCCUCUGACAAGGCUUAACUUGAAGAGGAACCCUCAGAGGAUCAGAGUGCAGCUGGAUUGUGACAAAGGCAGGGUGUCCUUCUACGACCCGCAUGACAAUACUAACAUCUACACCUUCAAGCACGCCAUCACUGAGAGGGUCUUCCCUUACUUCUGGGUGGGGUGUCAGCAGUGUCCUUUAAAGGUGGAGCCGCUGGAGGUUUCUGUGAAAGCGGUUGAAUACUUCUGAAAGUGCAUAACUUUUACAUUGUACUCUCAGUAAAAAAAUUAAUGGGGUCUUUUUGUUUUGUUUUACACAGUAUUGAAAUCAAAUGGCAUAAUUUCAGCACUUUAUUUCCUCCCUCACAACAAUGUCCUUGUUUUUUUUCAGUUUUAAACGGUUUCCAAUUGUGAACUUUUAAAUAUUUAUUUUAAGUUGUUUCUGUAAACAAUCUAACAGUGUGCCUUUUAGUUUGAUGAAUCAGAGUAACCCAAUCUUGAAUGUGCAUGUCAAAUUCUAAAUGUUUAUUCAGCCCAAUUUUGUUUAUAUCUACAGAUACAUUUAUGUGCAAAUGCUAAUGAGGGUGCUAAUCUACAAUUAAAUGAUUUGCAAAUAC